AACCUCUACUAAAACAAAAAUUCGUUGAAUAUCUUGACAGCGACUCUGAAUAAUGUUACGAUUUAGAUAGGGCAAACAUAACAUUUAAUUUGGUUCCUGACCUCAUUGUCUAAUAGUAACUCAAAACGGCAAAAGCAUGUCAGAUAGAACUUUGUAAUUCUAAAGAAGCGAAAUAUCAAGGAAACGAGAAAGAGAAUUUAGGGGAACACUUGUGGCAAUGAUCCACCCACAAACAGGAAAGAGCUAAGGUCAAGAGUAUAAUUAUGAUCUGUUAGGCGAUAAGUUAAGAGGGAGUAAUAAUAUGUGUCAGGACGCGGUAAAAUCAGGCGAUCGUCAAUUUUGGGCAAAUCGAGCUACUUGUAUACUCUUGCUUUUAAUGAAAAAAACCAACAACUCCAUCCAUCAUAAAUAGAACUCGAGAUAGAUGCGAUUGAAGGAGGUUGGGGUCGCGUGGUUUCAGAGGUAAAUAAGUGAGAAAGUAGCCUCCAACGUUUGGUGACUGCCGAAGCGGGACUGUAAUUCGACAAUGCAAGUCCACAUUUUUAAUGCCUUUGAUCGACCUUUUUUCCAGUAAAAUCCACACAGUAAUGUGGUUUUAAAAGCACAUAAAAAGUAUUGAACCCAAAAUAAACCAAAAAACCAACAAAACAACAAACAACAAACAAAUAUCGAUAAAAACUGCUCAACGGGAGGGAAAAUAUCGUUUUCUUCGAUUUCAUUAUUUUUACGAGCGCCUGAUUUUGCCACGACGACAUAUAAUGAGUUUACAUAAGAGGGGUGUGGGAACUGCUGCAGCUGAGCAUCAGGAACAGGAAAAAACAACUUGACAACUUCCCCUCGACAACUGCAUCUAAAAAACAACAGCAACAAAAACAACAACAACAACAACAACAACAACAACAAACCCUUAUAUUUUUGUCGUUACACUAAACAAUAUGAAUCGACCUUUGUCUGUUGCGAAGGGUCAUUUUAAUAAAAUGGUCGUUAUUGUCUCGAAAAGGCAAGUUGUUGUCAAUCGUUCCAUUAUUGGCUGUGAAUUCUGAAAAGUAAACUGUAACGAAAGACAAGGGAAACGAAACUGAAACAACAGAAAUGUGAUGUGGUAUCUUUGGAGAAUUUCGAGAAUGUUAUGGCCUGAAAAGAAAUCAAACGAGAAAGUACUGAAAGAAGCUCACGUGGGCCGCUCACAAGUGAUAACAAUAAGGUCCUCGACCAUGGAGUAAACCACCCUUUGACACAAGAGAAAGAGGAAGAGAUAUAUAGAGAACUGGACAUUUUAGGGUGUUCACCCUUAGAGCAUAUUACAAGUGCCGACAAAACAUCUUCGAGCUCUCGAAACAUUCCGUAAAUCAACAUGGCUGCCUUACCCGUCUCCAGCCAACUGUUCAGCGCACCAAGAGUCUUGACGCUACUCAUUGUCAUCUCCGCUGCCAUAGCAACCGUGACGUCAGCGCGCCCCAAGAAUCGUGCGCCAAUCAUCACGCUGGGAUUGCCUUACUCGGAACAGCCCGGAGUGUUGAAACUGUCGGAGGAGGCUCCAGAGAUGUCGCUUCUGGGGCUCUUGAAGAUUAAUGACUCGGACACUGCCGAAUGCACCACGGACAACGAGUUUGUCGGCCUGGGGUUUGUCUCCGACACUAUCUACAAGAUCGAGCUACAAAGAUUCCUGGACCGUGAGCUCGAGUCAGAGGUCAACGUUCGCUUUGAGUGCGUGGACACAGGUGUGCCCCCGGCAACGGGCGUGGCGACGUUCACUAUACUGGUACAAGACGUUAACGACAACGUGCCUGUGUUCCAGCGCGAGCACUACAGCGCACAGGUAGCGGAGAAUGUCCAGUAUGGGACUUUAGUGGUGAAAGUAGAAGCCAGGGAUAUGGACGGUGGGGAGAACGGGAUUGUGAGCUACGCGUUGUCGGAAGGUGCGAGAGAGGCGUUUCGAAUUGACGCGAAAACUGGGGAGAUAUUCACAGCGACGGAUAUCGACAGAGAAGAGGUGGCGCAGAUGUCGUUUUCGGUGAUCGCUACCGACAUGGGGGAGCCGCCGCUAAGCUCUUCCGUCAACGUCACCGUCACGAUUGAUGACGUCAACGAUAACUCUCCGGUGGUGCUGACCAACGAAUUUCACGUGCAAGAGAACCAGAAACCCAUGUCCGUUGUUGGAACGUUGCGAGCCGUGGAUCUGGACGAGGGGAAAAAUGGCGAGAUCGUCUUCUCCAAAUUUGACGAUUCUGAGGACGACUCCUCCUCUACCUUACCUUUCCUGGUCAAACCUAACGGUAAAGUGGUGGCCGUCGUCAGUCUAGACAGGGAGAGGCGUGACACGUACAUGAUGAAAGUUCUCGUCAAGGAUAAAGGCAGGCCGAAAAGAAGCAGCACGUCCGUCGUCAACAUUAUCGUCGACGACGUAAACGAUAACGCACCAGAACUAAUUUCCCCGUGUCUUGAAGAGCCUUGGAGAGGUAUGAAUUUUCGUCGAAGACGCCGAAACGCUGACGAGGGCUACGAAACUGUACGAGACGACGCUGGAGAAAGCCCAGAAGGCAUGGACAAAAUGGAAAACGUCACGUCAAGAAUAUUCGACAUUCCCGGGUUCGUCACAAUCGACUGGCAUUGCCCAGAGGGAGAGAGGGUUGUCUAUCAAGUGAAAGCUUCCGAUGCUGAUAUUGGAAUAAAUCAAGCCAUAUUUUACUCAAUCGAGUCCCUGAACGGGCAAGGCGAUGUGGACGAAAGCGAGGACGACACACUGUUUACCGUUGACGCGUCGUCAGGGAAUAUAUUCCUGCGCCGCUACUUCCGGAAAACGGACGAUUUGCAGCAGUUGUUGAACAUCAGCGUCCGUGAUAGUGGUAACCCGUCCUUGGUCUCCUACUGUGCUUUGAAUGUGACCUUUGACAUCGACAUUAACGAGAUAACUGUUCCCACUGAUCCGGAGAGAGCCCCGAAUACAAUUGGAGACGACGGAGGGCCGGAGAACGGUGCGGGAUUAGGAGCUAUGAAUGUAACCAUUCUGGGACUAAUGAGCUGUUUGCUUGUGCUUUACAACACGUGGGUUUUCCUCGUUUAAUCUUAUUAAUCUUAUUAUUAUUAUUAU